CAAGUCAGCCUUGGAAUGCCGGCCGGUUGCAAAACCUCCCCGAUUCCUGGCAUCGUGGAAUCGCAUUUUGGCCACAAUCUAGAGCAGUCUCCGGGCUCCUCAGGGCUUCCGCAUUCUUUUCAUCCCCGCGGGAAAUCCUGGUCGGCGUCGGGCGGCUGCUUUAAGGGGAACUGAAGUCCCCGGAGACGAUGAGACGCUUCUUGCUAAAAUGCCGGGUGCUUCCCCCACCAGCACCCCCCGCUUUACGGAGCCCCUGGUUCCUUCCGCGCGGAGGAGGCGCCUGACGACAAACCGAGAGCCACACGUGCGGGGCGCUGGGGGCGGGCCUCCCCUUUCGGUUUGGGAAGGGAAGCACUCCCGCUCCGCCUCCAGCUCCACCCGCCCGCGCGAGGGCCGAGUGACUUCCCAGCCCGGCACGGAGCAUCGGGCGCAUUUCUCGUCGGAGCUUCCCAGGGGCGGCUAAACGCGAUGCCCAGGCGGCUCUCCGGAGCCGGAUCGCGGCAGCUGAUGCCUCCCGCUUGCAUCGUCCGCGCCGUCGCCUUCUUCUUGCUCUUGGUGCGGGUCCCCGGGGCGAAGAGCCUCGGCCUCUACUCGCCCGACGACCCGCUGGUGCAGCUGGCCAGCAACACGCUGGAACGCCGCAUCUUCAAUUCCACUGGCGCGUGGGUGGUCGAGUUUUACGCCUCCUGGUGCGGCCACUGCAAAGCUUUCGCCCCCGUUUGGAAAGGCUUGGCCAACGACGUGAAGGACUGGAGACCUGCUGUGAUGCUGGGAGCUAUAGAUUGUGCAGAUUUUUCCAAUAAGAACAUCUGUUAUAAAUUUGGAAUAAAGAGCUACCCUACUGUGAAGUUUUUCAAGAAGUCCUCCCAAAAACCUGAGGAUGGCAUACAACUCAACAAUUAUGAAAAAACCAUUGAGUCUCUAAGAAAGACCAUAAUCACUUUAAUGGAGAGUCAUGGAGAUAUGUGGCCUUCUCCCAGCCCACCUUUGCAUCCGACAAGCGUGGCAGAACUUCGUGAUUUCUUUCUGGUGAACAACGUGACUUAUUUGGCCCUGAUAUUUGAUGAGGACAACUCCUUUUUGAGCAGAGAGGUAGCACUGGAUAUGUUUCAAUUUGAGAAUAUUGCAGUAAGGCGAAUCCUGCAGAGCAAUGAAGAGCUAGUGAAGCAGUUCAACGUCACUACCUUUCCAUCUGGCCUCCUUGUGACCAAUAAUGGUUCUUGCAGAAGCAUCCCUGGGCUGGAGGACCCGAGAUCCCAGUAUACUAAUUUCCUGCAGAACUUAUCUGGGGUCUUUAGACGAGAUGUUUUCAUACCAACGGUGUCCCCCACUGCACAGACAACAACUGCUCUUACAGUUUGGAAGGUGGCAGACAAGAGAAAGAUAUACAUGGCUGAUUUAGAAUCUGCAGUGCUCUACAGCUUAAGGAUAGAGGCUGCAGUAUUCCCCAACCUUGAGGGAGAGCGACUCUCUGCUUUGAAGGACUUUGUGUCUGUUUUGGUCCAGCAUUUUGCUGGGCAGUUGGUAGUCAAGAAUUACCUUUACAACCUGGAUUUGUGGCUGAGACCAAAGACAAUUGUUUUGCAGAGUGAAUGGGAGGAAGCUCUAAAGAAUAAAAAGGAGUUUCCAAAUGCCACGUUACCUGAGAGACCUCAAUGGGUAGGAUGUCAAGGAAGCAAACCUCAAUUCCGGGGUUUUCCAUGUGGACUCUGGACUCUCUUCCAUCACCUGACGGUUCAAGCAGCAUGUCAAAAACAGUCUGUUUCCUCAGGUAUACCUGAAGUUCUUCCUACAAUGAGGGGAUACAUCCGCAAUUUCUUUGGCUGCAGGAUGUGUGCAGAGCACUUCGAAGCGAUGGCAGCUGAGUCUAUGCAUGAAGUGCAGAACAGGGACGAGGCUGUCCUGUGGCUUUGGUCAAGACAUAACAGGGUCAAUGCUCGCUUGGCAGGUACAGCAACUGAUGAUCCCAAAUUUCCCAAGAUCCAGUGGCCUCCCAAAAGCUUCUGCCCUUCAUGCCAUUACACCUCAACUGACAGUUCUUUGCAGGAUGGGAAAAAGUCUAUGUGGGAUGAGAAUCGAGUCUUGAUGUUUCUCAAAUGGCAUUUUUCUGAAAAAAAUAUUUACAUGAAUUCUCCCCUGGAGCAUCAAACAAGACGUGGUCGAAAUGUUGCUCAGCAAAAUUAUGAAGGUGACUGGAAGCUAGAAGGGGGAGGAAGAGGAGAAGAGAGUGACCAAGAUAAUCAAAAGGAACCAGACGAAGACAAGAAGACGGAGCAGCUAGAGACUGGGAAAGUAAAAAAGAAGAAAUUUGAUUUGGGAAAACCUGGUUCUCCAGAGUUGCAUAAACCAAGCAUUGUCAAGAUGAGCACAAAGGCAAAAGAAAUGGUGGAGGAUAUUGUUGAUCUUGAUACAUUUAGUGAGCAGCAUUUUAAGAGCAAAGCCUUGAAGCUGGCAAAACAGAUUAACAUCAGGGAGAGGCGGACUAAGAGGGACACUCGGCUGUUCCUGAUGGCGAAUGAGGGCCGCCGCUCACUUGAUUAUAUUAGAGAGUCCCUGAGGCAUAAGAACUUGGGAGCCAGACAGUUCUCUGGAAUCCAAGUGGAAAAUGAGAAUACUUCGAGGAGAAACCAGUGGAUCUAUAUCCUGGGAAUGGGGUUCUCCCGGUUGGAUGUCAGCUUGUGUGUUCUCUUGUAUUUGCUUUCUUCUGUCUGCCUGUUGGGCAUGUACACCUUCUUCCGCAUGCGCAUGAGUUACCGCAAGGCCCGGUUAGGCUACUCAUUGACAUGAAAUUGAAGGAGAGGUAUAGCAGCCAUUAGGUAAUGGAACGGGUAUGUGCAUAUCAGCUUGAUGUGGUGAUCUUUCACUAAACUAACAAUUCCUAUACUGAAUAUACACAGAUGCAAAAAUACACAGAUGAUAUAUUGGUUGUGAAGGGUGCAAAUUAGUAGAGUAUACUAUUGGAUCUCCUAAAACGCAUGGAAAUUGCUACUUCUAUAUAUGAAAGAGUACCUAGUUGAACAGGCAGGUCUGUUUUGUCACAGUUGCUAGAUCAUUUGUAUAUAUUUGUGAUUCUGUACCAGAAUAAAAUAGCUGAGUGUAGUGCAAAAGGGGCAUGGGGUCAUAUUUCAGAGCAUAUGGUGACAGGCUGAUUGUCUGAGGAAUCAGGGGCUCUUUAUUGUUCUUGGUCUGUGGUGGCGGGAAAGGAUUAAUAAGCAGAAAGAAUUCAGAUCUCAUUAGAUAAAUGUAGUACAAUCCUCUUUUCAACAGUCAGAAUGUAAUACAAAUACUGUUGCUGUUUUAAGAAAAAAACAAAGCAUGACAAGUUUAGGACCAGCAACAAAGUAGUACUUCUGAAAUCUUUGUGCCUUGUGUCCAAACUGAGAUAUGUCCAAACCCUGUCACAUUGUGAAGAAACCUAGUAUACAAGCAGCCUAAAAUAUUGUGCUGGAAGAUCUCUUGAACACUUUUCAUCUCUUUUCCAAAGCUUCUGUGCCACUAUAAAACUGCCCUUAGUAAAACCAGCUAUAGGGUGUCGUUUGCCAAUAGCGGUAAUCAAGCAAACAAAAAAGAAUUAGGUUCUCCCUUCCAUACCCAUCUAAAAUAUGAAUUGAAGGAGUUUUCUCGCCAUUCUGCAUGACUUCUUGGGGUCCUGCGUAGAAUAUACUUAGUGCUUUUGCCUGUAUUUCCCAUGCAGCCCAGCUUCUUCCCUUGAUCAGAUGACAGAAGACAAAACAGCCCUUGAGGGUUUUGAACUUGAACUCAUAGUGUAAAGAAUUGAAAACAGCUGGUAACAAGUUCAGGUCAAGAAUGUGCAGUCGAAUAGAUAGAUCAGUGUAGCAGUUUUUACUAGCUGCUAUGUUUCUUUCAGUCCUUUCGCUGUGCCCUUUGUCUUUCUUUCCAUAUCCUGGUAGCUUCAGCUUUGAUGUCAUUCCCCUUUUCUAUCCUACUAUGUAAACCACGGGUGUCAAACUCGCUGCUUCACAUUGCCAUCACAUGACAUAUUGCAACAUUUCUUCCUUCACGGAGCUGGGGUGGGCGUGGCUGCACGUGACAUAUCUGGCCCACGGGCCGCCAGUUUGACACCCCUGCUAUAAACUUACAUCUGUUCUAGUUUUUUAACCAGGUGAUCUGUGUCUUCAUAUUUUACUUAGUAGGAGAGAAGAAGUGAAAGCAAAGAUGCAUUUUUAGGAGUGUAGCUAUCACUCCCUGAGCCAUGAGUUGAUAAUUUUUGAAAUUAUUAGAAUUAUCCCUGUUGGGGUACCUGCAUUCAUCUGGAAAGAGUUCUGGAGGAGAGGGAAUUAAUCAGCACCGCUAAGGAUCCUUAUGGCCAUUAAGUUUGAUCGCUAAGGAUUACUUUCCAAUUAUUUCUGAGCUGCCUCAGUGUGGAAAGAAAUAGCUUAGUCUUGUUUAAAAAGAAAGAAGUUAUUGGUAAGUCAGAUAAAAAUCUAGCAAGAUUUCUUCACUGGGGAAGAAUUAUACGACCUUAGAAGGUAGAAGACAAAUGAUACAUCUAGAUGUCUAAUAAGACAUUGCAAACUCCUGUUCAUUGCAUUCACACCUGGUGCCAUUAUCUUAGGACGGGGAUAAGCAACUAUGGCAAUUUUACAACCUGUGAACUUCAACUCCCAGAAUUCCUGAGCCAGCAUGGAAUUCUGGGAAUUGAAAUCCACAGGUUGUAAAGUUGCCAUAAUUGCCCACCACUAUACUAGGAGGAAAGUGACUCCACCUGGCAUUUAGAAAAAUGGAAAAAUAUGUAGCACAGGAAGAUAUUAUUGAAGGUACAUUCCUCAGAAACUGACUUUUCCCCCCCUAGAGUGCUACUUCUAUCUUGGUGUUUGUAGGUGAAUAUUCAUCUUUAUGCAAGUGCCUUCUGAAACUUUAUCCAGUCCAAGAGAGCUAAUAUAAGUAGAGCUUCAAUAGUCUGUGAUUCAAAUCUCACGUACAAAUCUUACCUGAUUGUCAGAUAUCUCUCCACAAAUUUAAUCUUCUGUCAUAGAUGAUACAGAUAGAUAGAUAGAUAGAUAGAUAGAUAGAUAGAUAGAUCUAUUGAUUAUAGCUCAAUCAAUGGAUGAUAGAUUAUUACAAAAUUGAAGCAGACUACUUGUAUGAGUAUUUAAAAUCUACAAGAAAUAUGUAUUGAUAUUACUCUUGUAAUAUCUUUUUUUCCUGGUAACCCUAAUAGAAAUUAAGGAGGAAUAAAUCUUCAAAUACAUCUUCCAUUUUGGCUAUUGAGAAAUACUAAUAGUUUUAUUCAGCUUUAUUUUCAAUCCUGCUUUGGUAUUUUGAAAUAAACGGUAGUCUAAAAUGUAGUAUCUUGACAAAACAUCUGAAGGGAAUUAAUCACUAGCAUCCCUCAAUUUCUUACAUUUUUUCAGCUCAUCAGGGAUUGGAUUUCUCAUUUGACUAAGAUCAGAGAAAGCCAUGGUCUGAAUUUUAGGAUCAUAUUUAGCUUGGUUUGGGAGCUGGAACAAUUUAAUUCAAUUUUAGCUAGGCUCUAUAAUGCUGAUGUCAGGUAGCUGAAAUGACCAAUAUUUCUCUCUCUUUUUCAAAUAAUCGUAUUAAGAAUUACAAGUAGGAAAAAAACUUAACAACCUUAAGUUUUAACCCCUUUAAAUAUAGUCCCAGAGUUUGUUUUCUGUACAUCUUUUUUUAACCCAAGAAUAUUUAAAACUUUAAAAGAUUUCUUUUGUACAACCAGCAAGUAAAGUUUGUCCUUUUAAAAAUCAUUUUUCACAAUGUCCUUCAAGACUUUAACAGAUCUCUUUUGUAAAUCCAGUAAGAAAAAGUUAUUUUUCUGAUUUAAAUGUAUAUCCUUUGGUAGUGAAAUAUCCAGUUUUGUUUGCAUAUUCAAUAUAUCUUUAUAUAUUUUUCUGCUUGAAACAGUUAAAUUCACAUCCUAAUUAUUUUCAUAUUUAUCCGUUGUAGCUUAUUCUUCUUGUCUAACUUCAUUGUCCCAUGUUCCCUCAUAUCAAAAACUUUGAAGACCAAUUUUCAAAAACAAGCAUUAAAGCUUGUUGCUCCAUUAUUUAUUUCUUUGUUAACAAAAUGAACAUAUUAUCCUCUAGCUUCCUCUGAUGUCAAACCUUCAAGGUCCCAUUAUCAUGUUUCUUCUUUAAAAAGCCCAAACAAUCGCCAAUUCGACAAGAAGAAUUAUUCUAAUUCAGAAUUGUAAUUCCAAAUCUAUCUGGAUUUUUAAUCUUUGUUACCAUUCCAAAAUCAUAUCCUAUACAUCUUUUUGCCAUUUAAUCAAAAAAUCAAUAUUUCCAGAGCCUUUAAAAUCACAUUUAAAGCAUCUUUCUCCAAGGAGAAGGCAACUCACUCACUCAAUGAAUACAGCAAAUAUUUUCAGGACAAUAAAAGAAAUAAUCCAAAAAGUAGUUAAGAAGUGAGGGUCAGGUAGGCUUUAUGUCUUUAAAAGGCUGUGUUACAAGUAUGAGCUUGAUAGUUCAGUAUCCCUCAACUUUCAGCCACUCAACUCAGAAGCUGACCACGAAACAAGCAUUCCCUGUGAUCUACUCACAAGGAGCAACUGUCUGGAGUCACAUGGGUUAUCUCAACAAUCUCUCCUGCCUCCAGAGAUAUUUUGCUGGUCUGGAUCCAUCAUUCAGCCACAAAUUUCUUUGUACAUCUGGUCCUCCUGCCAACAGAAUGUUUCUCAACCUCAGGCACUUGCUGUCUGGACUUCCAACUCCCAGAAUUCACUAACCAGCUUGUUGAGGUUGAGAAACACUGACCUAGAACUCUGAUAUAAUUUAAUGCUGAAGAAUAGGCUUCCCUUGGCACAAUGGCUUUCUAACAAUUAUGUGCCAUAUGACUAUGUGUCUGAGGUAAUAGUAUGGUUAAAAUAGAGAAAUGAAGGGUCAUUGAAAUUACUAUCCCCAGUUAAAAUGUUAUGGUCUGUGGGUCAAAGACUUAACUAUGAAUCAUGUUUGCACUAAAUGAGAAACUCUAUAGACUUUUUCAGGUAUCAUAUAGUUCAGAACUGUCUGGUUCCAUGUAGGAAAAAAAUCAGAGUUUUGAAAUACAGCUUUUUAAUAUAACAAGAUAUUUCUCUUAUGGUUGUUUACAGGUGACAGUAAACACCAGCAUUAUAUUUUGUUUGUUUAAUGGUUGCACUGGUGUUCAAGGUAAGGUGCACUCUAGAUUUUCAUUCAAAUGAUGUAAAUGUCUUUCAGUGCAUAGGCUUUUUGGUAAAAAAUAAUGCUACCAUUGCCUUGUUUCUUGUCUAUUAACAUAAUUGUAGUCUCAACUAUUAAUUUAUUCAAGGGACAGUAGGUUUGAAAAACUAUUCUAAAAAAAACUGUUAAUUCUUCUUGGCUAUCAUCUGUUUAAAAAGGUUAUAAUUCAGUGAGCUUUUUAGUCAGAUUUUAAUAGCUAGAGUAGGAAUAAAUUCUUCUACUCUCAUGGAACAUAGGAACAUACUAUUCUCAAAAACUGUGUAUUGCCUCAAAAAUUAAUUUCACAGUUCUUCAACUCCUAGUAUAGUUGGUACCAUCUAGCACAAACUGUACAUGCAUGAGAGUAUGUGUGCUUGGACAAGAAUAGGGAGUUUAAAUGAUCUACCAAAUCAAAGGAUUAAUAGAAAUAAUAGAAGUACUCCUAAUAACUCCUUUUUUCCCUUCUUUUCCCCUUAUGAGCAAAACUGAGAACAGUUCCCUUCCAUUCACACAGUAUAUGGUGAUGAAGACUAUUAGAAGCCAGAAUGUGUUCUAGUGAUCAGAUCUAUCCUGUAAACUGCCACUUGACUAUCUUAUAGUGACAAUAAUGAUGUCUUCUUCAUUCCUUAUAAUGUAAAAUGCAGAUGAAGGUCAAGACUAAAAACCAAAAUCACAGAGUAGGCCUAUGAGAUUAAAUAGUAUGUCAUUCUAGAUCACAUAGAUCUCCGACUUAACUAAAUAAAAAGGAACAUACUGUUGAAUGAGGUUUGCUGAUCACAUUCUGCUUCAUAACUAGUGUGGUUGAGGCUGGAAUGAAGGAUGGGGAAUCACCAAGCCAUAUAUGUGUGCCACAGACUGACUGCCCAAUAAAUGAGUAAGUGUUAUAAGUAUAGUAUACUCUUAAAUUGCUAAUUACAUGAUCUCACAAAUAUGCCUUUUGUUUCCCAGAGUUUCUAUGGCAGUCUACCUCAAAGGUCAUUGCAGAAAUAAAUUGUCCUUAACCAUCUUGUCAUAUGAUAUAACAAUAAAUUUGUCUGUUAAUUUUUUUUCUCCUGUACCAUAAUGCUGAUUGCCUUAUAAUGGAACACCGAAGAAGUCACUUUAAACAGGAAAUAAGACUUUUUGAUUAGCUUUUAGUUCUUUAGAGCCAUCUGUGGCUGGUUUAUGGAUCUAGGAAAACUUGGCAUGGCCAACUCGCCGCAGGGCAACUCUCCACAGGACAAGACUUACACUAAUAUUGAAGAAAUGGUGGAAUAAAAUCAGUAAAGAGGAUGCAAAAGGAGGGACAAUGAAAUGUGAAUCAUAAAAAUUAAAAUAUUUUAAAAAAAUAUUUUAAAUACCCGUGUUUCCCCGAAAAUAAGACCCUGUCUUAUAUAUUUUUUUGAACCCUGAAAUAAGCACUUGGCCUUUUUGCCAUGCACUCAAAAGCCCGAUUGGGCUUAUUAUCAGGGGAUGUCUUAUUUGGGGGGAAAUGGUACUUAAAUUGAAUUGUUGAAUUGUCCCAUAGUGAGUUGUUCCAAGGUGAGUUGGCUGCGCUAAGUUGUCCCAUUCCACUUCCUUUUCUUUGUAUUCCACCAUGCUGCAUGGAAAUGAUCCAAGAAGCCUCUGUUUAUCCAAAUUAUUUGACCUAGUGGAAUAAAUUUAUUUUUGCUAAUAAAUAAGUUUGUGUAUGUA